AUGGUAGUCCGUAUCCAGAUCAGGCCUAGCCGGCGGCUCAUACUCUCCUGUCUUCUUAACCUCCCUAUUGCCAAGGCAGAAAAAGGUGAGAUACUCCCUGAGAUCCACUCCCUGAAGCCCCUUCUCACCCAACGCCUUUGCAAUAUCGGCAUACAUCAUCUCCAUCGUCCUCCUCUGCCACUCGAGGAUCGCCUGAACCGAGCCGCUCUCCGGUAUCCCCUCCGGCCACAUCGGGAUCACAACGUACACCGUGAACCUCUCCCCUGCACGUAUCUUACUAGCAAUCUUGAGCGACAGCUCCUUGGGCACCAGGUGCAGUGCGUUUAUGUCCUCGAUCGUGAUGCUGUCACCAGCCUUUCUCCUCCAGUCGAAGGAGCUCCCUAUGAAAUACUGAUUCUCAAUAUAUAUGAAGUUCCUCGCCCGGCGAAUCGCAUGGAUGUAUGCAUCCUGUAUGCUCCGGUCAAUCACGUUGUCCUUCCCGCUCACGAGCCCCAACGCCGAUGCCUCCUCAGGUUUCUCUGGGAAUCCGGCGGCAGCCCCACCGUCGAUCGAUCGGAAUAUCUGGACGCACCACCUCUCAGGGUCGUCUGGGGAGAUAGCUUCUUCCGGGCGGACAAUAAACCUGUCGAGCUCCACGUCCCAGGCAGCGGGCCCCUCGACCCUGCAGUGGAUGUCGUGCCACGGCUCCCUCGGCCCGCCCUUAGCAACGGACGAGCCCGGGAAGUUUGGCUGAUGGAAAUCGUCCCGGUGGACCGUAUCCAACGUCCGGAAAAGGGAGUGAUCCCUCGUGUCGUAACGCCCGUCGCAAAGGUCGAUCCCACCCAAGAAACUGACGAUGCGCCUCUUCGUCCCUCCCGAGGAGGCCCGUUGGCUGUCGACCACGAUCGUCUUCUGAUGAUGAGUGAACAUGGUCGAAACCUCGAAUCCCUGCAAGAUGCUGGCCCCACCAUCCGGAUUACGAGGGCACAGCACGCACCGCACCCUCGUGCCGUCGAAAAACGCCUUUGUCUCCUGAUCAUGGUCGCCGAGAGUCACAUCGAGGCUCCUCCUCUGCGGGUCCCGCACCAGGGUGAUCCUCGUGUACACAGACCAGCCGGUUAUGUAUAUCAAGUGCUUGGCAUUGGUGAUGGCGUCGAAUAUAUCCUCCCAGCAUCUACCCGGCUUGUAAUACCCCUCCGACUCAAGAUAUUUCGUGAUGCUGUCGUCCGGCACGUGCGCGUCCGGGUAGAGGGUGGCCCGACCGCCGGGCCUCUGCCUGAAGAAGGUGUAAGGCACGCCGGCAAAGGAUGGGGCCUUGAGGCCUCCCGACCAGUUGGUUUCUUGAGUGACCCUGACGUACAGCAGUUUGACGUGGAUCUUGGAGCUUUCGUGGAUGGGAUUGCGGAUGUCCAUCCACCUGUCCACCAUGUGGCCACCCAAGAUUUGUUCCACCGGCAGGUAGGCCCGCCCGAUCAAGGUGGCUCCGAUCGGGUUGUCGUCUUUCACGGUGAAGACGAUGCUGGAGACGGUGUGAGCACAGUAUAUGUGAAAUUCUUCGUACCAACGGGGAUUGGAUGGCUCGUUUUGGAUAACUCGUGUUCUGCCGACUCGGGCCCUUUCUAG